AUGUCUUCCCUCCUCUCUGUCCUCAAAACCAAGCUCGGGGAGUACAUGCUCGCCCUUCCCGAUGGCGCCGCCGAGUACGAAGAUUACGAGGCCUGGGCGCAGGGGUUUGCCAAACGAGUGGCUGUGUUCGACCGAUCGGCGCGUGGGCAGGAAGUGCCCGAACUUGCCGACUGGAUCGCCGAGGCCGAGCGCGGCCUCGAUCAUAUGGCCACCGACCACUGGCUAGCCUGGGGAACGCGAAUCUUGCCGCAGCGUGCGGUGCGCUUUGCCGCGCAGCAACAAGCGGUCGAGGCACAGGCCCUGGAGGAGGAAGCUGCGCGGGUAGCCGCUGCCGAACGCGAGGCUGAGGAGGCUGAGGCGGCGCGCGCUGCUUCUAUCCUUCGGGUGGCCGAAGAAGGUCGUCAGCGUCGCCGGGAGGCACUGGUGGAGGCGAUGUUCAGUGGGUUGCUCGAUGCGGAAGAGGGAGAUCGUCAGAUGGCCGCCCUAGAAGCCGAGUCCGUUCUUCCUCUCCCUCUCUUUCUUCGUUCUCCUUCUCCAUCCGUUCCUGCCGCGUCCUCCUCUCGUCCCGAGCCCUCCUUCGCCCCUUCGCCUUCUCAACCUCAUCCCUCGGUCGCCGAGUCCGACCUCGCAUCCGCAACCGCCGCCUUGCAUCGCAUGAGCGUCGACCCGGUCGCUUCGGCCGCCCCGACCAAUGUGAACGGCAAGCCGUCGGCGGCUGCUGUUGUUGUCGAGUUCGCGCGUCAACGGACGCCAUCUUCCGGCCGCGUCGUGCUUCCUCUGGGCCCUGGUCACGGCAGGAUGUCGACGGUUCGGGCCCCAGAGGAACGGAAUGGUGCCGGUAAGGUCUUCAAGGACCCCCCUGGGCUAGUAUCUGGUGAUCGCCUGGCCGAGUACGCCUGUAGUCGGUGCUCCUCCGAUUUCUCGACCGUGGCGUUUCGUUGCUACACCCGGCCUGGUCAGGUGUCUUGUAUCAAGUGCGCCGACCAGCAAAAGGGGUGCAGUUUCCAGCCCGGGUGGACACCGACGGGGAAAGGAAAGUCGACGGGGAAAGGAAAGUCGACGGGUAAGGGGAAGUCGAAGGGGAAGGUUUCCGACAAGUCGGAAGCGAAUGAACUGUUGCGCCCGUCAAAAAAACGCAAGGUCGAGGUCCUCAUGCCCGAACGUUCUGUCGGUGCAAGCAUAGCGCAGACCAGAGGUGUGCGGGCUCGGAAGCCUGUCCAACGCCUUCCCACCACCACCCGUGCCGUUCCCUCCUCCUCCCGCUCCCGUUCUGUCGCCGUCCCCGCCCUGUCCGACUCGUCUCGUUUGUCGCCGAUCGUUGCGCAAGGCAUCGCGUCCGAUCUUCGGUACCGGAUCGCUGUGGCGGAGGGUACGCGGGCUUCGUUGGCGCGGUCGAUCAAGAUGUGGCAGGCGGAGUUGGAGUCGCUCGAGGUGCAGGCGGGUCCGUCUACGUCUUCGGACGUCGUCUUGGUCGAGGAUUUGUCGGCGGCGGAGGAUUCGGAUAUGUCUGUGUCGGGCGAUUUCAUACCCGAUGAGUAG